UAUCAGCUAUCAAUAAAAACACUGUUGUCUUGCGUCCGACUGAUCCAUAUACCUUAAUCAGUAAAUCAUUUUGUAGCAAGCCUGUUUUUUAAAAAAACUACUAUAGAUUUCUAUACAUAUGUUCUUGUGAGUUACUUGCUUAGCUACUGAGAAUGCGCUGUGCUUUACUCGCAGCAUCACUUUGGCGCCAUAAUCGGUCGCUGUAAAUUACAGUCAGCCAUUUCUUCGUAACGGUUUUCUCUUGAGCGAGAAGGACGGGACCAUUGCUCUAUGACUGGAUCUUCCGUCAACAGAUUUUCAGAGCAAUUGGAACAAGAUUGACAAAUUCUGGGUUGUCAAUCUCAGCAGAAUAACCCUGUAAGAAUAAUAAACAGAAGCGUGGAUGGGAAGCCCCAUCCACAUUAAAAACCUCGUGCAGAAGGUGACCAUCUCCCAAGCUGUGGGUGUUCAGAGGAGAGAACGUGAGAGAGCGAAAAGCCUAAAAGGAACAGCACAACAAGAUGAGGACAGCAUUGCAGAAAUCUGUUUAUUUGUUGAGAAAAGGAAUACUCUAAAUUAAGAAUUCUCUCACGGAACACACGUUUUCAAGCAACCCCAUGCAUACUGCAAAGAUGGUCCUUCUUGUGGGAACACUAUGAUGGAAUUCAGACAAGCUGAAAAUUGUAAUCUGUGCAAGAACAAGGACAGCCCAUUGAACCCUGUAUACUGGACCUGACCGUGACUGGAGGUGACAGUAAGAUUACAGAAUGUUUAGAGGUGCCAGAAGAUUUAGAAAAUGCCAGUUUGUGCAGUUGAUGACGUGCGUCAUACUCGCUCUUGUUAUGAUAUAUUGGCAGCAACUUGAUAACCAUGUUGUAAGCCACAUGAAGUCGUACUCCUAUCGUUACCUUAUAAACAGUUAUAAUUUCCUAAACGAUAGCCUUUCCAUAAGCAGGGAGGAUGCUAGUAGCUUGCCCAACUACCAGUACUUGAUCAACCACAAGGAUAAAUGUGAAAAGCAAAAUGUGCUCCUUGUGCUGUUUGUGAAGACAUCUCCAGAGAACCUAGAGAGACGCCAAGCUAUCCGCUCCACCUGGGGCAACGAGAAGUACAUCCGCUCCGAGCUGAAGGCCAAUGUGAAGGUUGUCUUUGCAUUAGGGGUUCACAAAUAUCCAUUGGAGAGAGAAGUCUUCCAAAGGCAUCUUGAAAGAGAAGACCGGCAGUAUGGCGACCUUAUACAACAAGACUUUACUGAUGCUUUCCACAACCUCACCCUCAAGUUGAUCCUGCAGUUCAAGUGGGCUCACAUGUACUGCAGACAUGCAAAAUUUGUCAUGUCAGCGGAUGAUGACAUCUUCAUCCAUGUGCCCAACCUGGUAAAGUAUCUCCAAGACUUGGACCAAAGAGGUGUCCGGGAUCUCUGGAUCGGACGUGUCCAUAGAGGAGCCCCUCCAAUCAGGAUCAAAGAAAGCAAGUAUUAUGUUCCCCACGAGAUGUACCAGUGGUCUUCUUACCCAGACUACACUGCAGGUGCUGCAUAUGUAGUUUCAGGGGAUGUAGCUGACAAAAUCUACAGGGCGUCCAUGACGCUCAACACCACACUCUACAUAGAUGAUGUUUUCAUGGGAAUCUGUGCUAAUAAAGCCGGGGUGAUUCCUCAAUACCACAAGUACUUCUCUGGAGAAGGCAAGGCCCCCUAUCACCCCUGUAUCUACAACAAGAUGAUGACUUCUCAUGGACACUUAGAAGACAUUCAUUACCUUUGGAGGGAGGCCACAAAUCCAAAGCUUAAGACCUUGUCCUCUGGCAUACUGGGAAAGCUGUACUGUACUGCUGUAAAAGCUUUUCUUCUUUGUAAACCAUAUUAUGUGGACACUUAUCCCUGCAGUGCAGUGUUUUCUUAAUACCGAUGAGUGAUUGUAAAAAGCAUGGUGUGAAGUUGUUUGUAAAGAUGCAGUAUUUUUUUUCCCUGCAGAUUGUUACAAGUUACAUUGUUUUAAAAUAACAUUUACCUCCCUCUUCUUUCAUUUAGUGGAAGCAGGAGCACUAGAGUCAUAAGUACCUUUCCUAAAUAUUUUGUUUGCAUUUUUUAUAGAUAAACUGCAAUGUAAUUGAUAAAAACAAUUUUAAAAAAAAACUGCAUCUUCAGUUUAAGUAGCUGAUGGAAAGUUGCACUGCAAUGCUACUCACCAACUUUCUCUAUGUGAAAAUACAACUAUAAUCGUGAACAAGGUAAAUGGUAGAAAGAGUUUUAGUCGUGGCAGUGAACAGUUAUCACAGAACAGCCGGUUGGACAGAUAACUAAAAGCUUAAUUUAAUCACUCAUAAUGAGUUUAACAUUAGUCACAGUUAAUUUGCAUCCAGGCAGAGUAUGUUUGUUAGUUUUGGUAACUGCUUUAUCUAUCUUUAUAAAUCAUAAGGUCAUCAAGAGCCAAUGAGAGUGCUGUAUUUUUAGCAUGAGAGGGGCCAUAGUUCUGUAAAUAGGUGUUUUGUCAUGCAGUACAAACCACAAGAGGUCUGAGCAAAGAGUUCUCAAACAUAUCAAACAUCAGUGGCACACAAUUAAAAAUACAUUUCCAUAUAUUGCACAAUGCAUUGCUUGCUGACAACACAGUACAGUUUCAUAGGAAUCAUACAUUAUUCUUAUUGAGUAACCACAUUGGGCCUACAAUUAAAGAUCAUAAGUACACUACAUCUCAGUUGACUUAACCUUAUUUCUCCCUUUACCUUGUUCUCCACCAGUACAGUACAGUAUAUUUAAUUCAGUUUUACAGCACCCCUAAUGUGACCUAAAAGAUUGUGGUUUCCAUGGACAUUUUAGUAGGAUUACCCAUAAAGUUAAGCUGUGAGUUCUGAAGCUUGGAGCUUUCCAGUGCUUUUAGAAGAGGUGUGUUUACUAAACGUACAGUUUAGUAACAUAAACAAAUUUACAUGGAAACAAUUUAUAUUGUUUACUAAUGUAUAGCGCUUGAUUUUAUUUUGUAUGUAUUUUUUUUACUAUAACCACUAGUAACAGGUAAAGAUUAUUAUCCUGUAGUAGAAAUGUUACGGCAUACUGUCACCAUCACACAGUGGAAUUCAUUCACCAUGGUCCCAGUAGUAAAUACCUUGCAUCGACUAAAGCAUUUCUGAUGACGGGUUAAAUGUCACCGUGUAGGGAGUGGUGAAGAUAGGAAUGCCAUGAAUAAACUUCAGCCCUGCAUCUUUUUAUUCAUUUCCCAAUUAAAAGAUAAUACAUGUUGAUAGUUUUCUAAGAAAAAGCAAGUCUGCAAUCAGAUUUGGGGGGGUUGGGGGUUGUUGUAUUAUAUAGGUCAAUUAUAUUAAAAAAGCAUGUAAGAAAUAAAAGAUGGCUGUACAGUGUUUGAUACUUUAAGUGAUUUCAAGUUUCUAUACACCUGAAGUUAGUUUAACCUGUCGUUAGUUUUACAAAUAUUUCUCUAGUUUCUGUGAAUUGUAAUAUGUAUUAUGGUAAAUGUUUCUCUUAAAUGUCUAUUACAUUAGACUAUGGAUGUACCUGAACUGGACCUUUCUCUUUUGACUGGAUGAUAUGAAGGUAGAAAUCAGUAUCAUUCAGAAGUCUAGCUUGUAUUAUGUAUGAAUAUUUUAUUCCAUGGCUAGUUAGGAACCAAUACCUAAAGUAUAUUUAUUGUAAGCUCCUGCCAUGGAUUAAUGACUUGGGGGUAAACUUUUAAAAAUUGUAAAGAUGUCUGGGAGACGAGUGCUCACAGGGAACGCCUUUUUUAUAUAAUCGGUUUCAACGAGAGAAUGGGAACGCUGGAUGUGAGUCAAUGGAAAUGUCCUCUACACAAGUGCUGAUGUCAAACUCUGAGAGCAAAGUGUCGCACUCACAAGUUAUAUUUAUGUCCCUUUUAUGUUUAGCAUGGAUACUCUUGUAAAUAUUGUGAUUGCACUGUUCUGUUCACUGUGUUCAUCUUUUGUUUUUUGGGGGGUUUGAAUGACUUUAUAAAAGUUCAGUGAGAUUCUAAUAGUGUGUGUGUGUGUGUGUGUGUGUAUCCUCAUAUCACUGUCUCCACCUGUGUUUUAUCACUCCUCACAUGGUUAAUGAAUGCAAAGUGCUGCAAAAAAAAAAAUGCUGAGCUAAUGGAUCAACCAACAAAUUAUUUUUCAUUUUCUGGGACGAUAUUAAUUUGCAAAUCUUUCUGUAGCG